AUGAGUGGGACCUUGUUACCCAAAGCCUUGAUGAAGGCCCUUGUCAAUCCCAACAAGGUUGCCAAGAAUUUGAACAGUGGAGCCGGAUCGGUCCUCAGUUUGAACAUUCAUCGCGAGAAAAUUUGUAUCUCGGUUGGUUCGUAUGACAGCGUUGAAAAACUUCCGGCCAUUUCCUUGCACCCUGACAAUGCUAGUAAGGAAACUCAGUUGCUGCACAAAAUAGUCAAGGACCACAACGUUUGUGGCUUUGUCGUGGCUUGGCCAGUCCAGAGUGAUACUGGCAAAUGGGGUGCGCCGUGUGGUCGAGUGCUGUUCGCCUUGGAUAAGAUUAUUGACAACAAUGCCAAAAUCUUUACCCAAGAUCGGCCCUUGUGUUUUUGGGAUAGCUUUCGAACCAACAACAAUCGAAAGCCAGUGGAUGAUAUGGGACGAUGCGAAUCCUUUGGGGAAGCUUCCUCUAAAUCCUUUCAUUCUGCUUCGGAAGAACAGUACCGAAACGAUGAAGAAGUGACCUCCGAUGAAAUUUGGAGUGACUUUUGCAAGGUGCACCUACCCCAGGUCUCCAAACGGACCGCUCGGGCGAUGGAGCGUAAAGGGCAAAGUAGUGGUAGUAGGGGUGGUCACAACCUCGUGUCGGAUUGGGGUGAUCGCAGAUCUGCAGCUUCCGAUGCCAAAGCGGCAUACGCGUGA